AUGGCUCUUCCAUGGACACCGUUGAGUGCUGUAAACAGAUACGAAACUGUUAGCCGUUCUUAUGCCAUGGGUUUUGAUCCAUCUACCAAGAAAUAUGUAGUCAUCUUCAUACUUAAAAAUAAAGAAAAUUUAAAUAAGGAGUGUAGGAUCCUUGCCUUGGGAGCCCCAUCAUGGAGGAAAAUACACGAGUUACCAAUUUGGGGACUUUCUCAAAGGAAUAUAUGCGCUAAUGGAACCAUAUAUUGGAUGGAUGAAUUAGCCAUGAAUGGUAGGAGAGGUAUUCAGUGUUUCAGUGUUGCUGGGGAGAAAUUUGAAGUACUUUUUGGACCUGAAGGUGUCAAAACCACAGGGCAAUUAGCACAAGUUAGAGGGUGUUUGACUUUUUUAUGCCCGAAAGAUGCUUCUUCAGGCAUGUGUGACCUCUGGAGAAUGGACAGGAAUAAGAACAAAGUCUGGACCAAGACCACAAUUCAAAUCAAAUUGUGGGACUCUCCUCCUGUUAUGCUUGAAAUUAAAAUUAUUGGCUCCACAAAAAGAGGUGAAAUCUUAAUUAUAGUUGGUAGCAAGUGGCCACCUAGGGGCAAAUUAAUUGUUUAUGAUUUGGAAACUGGAAAAUUUAGGACUACUUGGAUCACCUGUCCAUCGCAUCCUAAGGGCAAAGUUUGA